GCCACUCAGCGUUCAGCUUAAUCUGUCCGCGCGCGGCGCGCCCCUCCAAGUGCUCAUUUUCAGACAAGCACGGCGCAACGGGCGCAUGUAACAUGGCUGAAGAGAUACAUACCGGUCAUUCCCCUGAUUUAGACAACGCUUCAGAGCACGGGAUCAACUUAAAUAAGCGGCAAUCACGCGUUACGGUAAAAUACAACCGCAAACAGCUUCAGAAAAGGUUGGACGUGGAGCGAUGGAUCGACGAAGGGUUAGACAAACUGUACGAGGGCAAGGACAUGCCAGAGGAAGUAAAUAUUGAUGAUUUGUUGGAUCUUCCAAGUGAUGAAGAGCGAACACACAAACUACAGGUUCUUCUGCAAACCUGCACUAGCAGCACUGAGGCUUUUAUUGCCGAGCUGUUGCAGAAGCUGCGUGGUCUCCAUAAACAGGAGGAGUUGCAGAAUGAGGGAAUUGAGCAUCCGUGUCUCCACACUUACCCACAUCACCAUGGCAACAUCCAUCAUCACCGAGGAAACCAUCAACAUCCGACACAUCAGACACUGUGAUUGCAGUUUGGAGAAUAACACAUACUCAGGACACACAUACAAUGGAUCCAACUAGUUUAGCAACUCAGUAACUGUUUGUUUACAAACUCAUAAGAGUGGUGUAUUAACAGUGUUCAGUUGUAAAAUUCCUCAUCACUGUGGGUAAGUACAGUCGUGGCCAAAAGAUUUGGCAGGGAUAUACAUUUUGGGUUUUGCUAAAUUCGUAGCUUAAGCUGUUGUGGUCUUCAUUGACAUUGUUUCUAGAUUAUGUUCCGGCCAAUACUCAUAGAAACAAUGUGAAUGAACGCCUCAACAGCUUAAUUAGUACAACAUUUAACAAAAAAACUAAAUUUGUGUCACUGCCAGUACGUUUGGCCACGACUGUAAAUCUGU